CUGGGCGUUAAGCGUCGGAGCCAGCAGAGCGCGUAGCCCGGUGGCCGUCGGAGCGCCCGCGAGGAGCGCGCUGGGCACCAUGCGCCCCAGCCUGUCUCCGCUGCUGGUUCUCGCCUGCGCCGCGCACACUGUUGGAGCCCUGACCCGACUGUGUGAUGUGCUGCGUGUGCUGCGUGAGGAGCAGGACCAAUGCCUGCAGGAGCUCUCCAGGGAUGGGAAAGGUGGUCUGGGUCUGGAGCCACUAGCACCAGGUUGUGCGGGGCUGUGGGACAACAUGAGCUGCUGGCCCUCCUCUGCGCCAGGACAGACUGUGGAGGUGGAGUGCCCCAGGUUCCUGAGGAUGCUCACACGGAGCAGGAAUGGUUCUCUGUUCCGAAACUGCACUCAGGAUGGCUGGUCAGAAACCUUCCCCAGGCCUGACUUGGCCUGUGGGGUUAAUGUGAACGACUCUUCUAAUGAGAAGCGGCACGCGUUCCUGCUGAAGCUGAAAGUCAUGUACACCGUGGGCUACAGCUCCUCCCUCGUCAUGCUCCUGGUUGCCCUCAGCAUCCUGUGUGCUUUCCGGAGGCUCCACUGCACCCGCAACUACAUCCACAUGCAUCUGUUCAUGUCCUUCAUCCUGCGUGCCCUGUCCAACUUCAUCAAAGAUGCUGUGCUGUUCUCCUCAGAAGACGUGACGUACUGUGAUGCCCACAGGGUGGGCUGUAAGCUGGUCAUGAUCUUCUUCCAGUACUGCAUCAUGGCAAAUUAUGCCUGGUUGCUGGUGGAAGGCAUCUACCUUCACACGCUUCUCACCGUCUCCUUCUUCUCACAAAGGAAGUGCCUUCAGGAAUUUGUGGCCCUUGGAUGGGGUUCUCCAGCCAUUUUUGUGAUGUCGUGGGCUAUCACCAGGCACUUUCUGGAAGAUGUUGGAUGCUGGGACAUCAAUGCCAACGCUUCUAUUUGGUGGGUCAUUCGAGGGCCUGUGAUCCUCUCCAUCCUGAUCAAUUUCAUCUUUUUCAUAAACAUUCUAAGGAUCCUGAUGAGAAAACUUAGAACCCAAGACACAGGAAAUGAAAUAAACCAGUACAAGCGCCUGGCCAAGUCCACCCUCCUGCUGAUUCCCCUCUUUGGGGUCCACUACAUCGUCUUUGCCUUCUCUCCUGAGGAUGCCAUGGAAGUCCAGCUGUUUUUUGAAUUGGCCCUUGGCUCAUUUCAGGGGCUGGUGGUGGCUGUCCUCUACUGCUUCCUCAAUGGGGAGGUGCAGCUGGAAGUUCAGAAGAAGUGGAGACAAUGGCACCUCCAGGAGUUCCCGCUGCGCCUCAACUCCUCCCUCAGCAAUGGCACUAGUGAUCCCACCCAUGGCAUCCAGGCCAGCAGCAAAGCCAGCUCGUCAGAACAGAGCCGGGGCACCUGCAGGGCCAGCAUCAUCUGAGAGGCUGGAGCUGGGCUGCUCACAGGCUGAGCCAGACCUGACAUGACUGGACAAUGCUGUAGGACCUGGAAGAUGUCCCAUGUUCCCCACUGUAGCUAAUAACACCCACCCUUCCUGAGACCUGGGAGUCCUCGGGACUGAGCAGAAGGAAUUUGGACACCAUGGGACAGGGCCAAGGCCAGGGACUUGGUCUGUGUUGCUCUUCAGGGAAGAGCAGCUCAGGGGCCCAAGAAGAGGCAGAGAAAUAAAUGGCAGCCAGGCAGA